AUGAUAUUAUCGAACGAGCAGAGACUUCAAAUUCUCGGUGGAUCUGAGACGCGUGGUGCUCACUUCCUGUUCCGCUGGCCAAAUGGAGUGGUGCCAUAUACCAUCGACUGGGUUCUUGGUAGAAAUGCUUAGCAAUUAUUCCAUGAGGCUGAGUAUGAUACGAACAAUUAUGCAGAUCAAGGAGACUAUUAUCCACUGAAACGAAGGCCGAGGUGGAUAACAGCCUCCGAGAUCUACAAAUUCUACACAUCAUACAAAAGCGACUGCGACUGUUGAAUCUGUUGUAAGAUUCGACUGUGUGUAACAACUAUCAGAGAUCCACAAGUUUGUCUUUUCAUUACGAACUCAAUUGGUCAUCACUGUAAGGGCGAAGAACACCAAUGGAUCAUCUUUCACUUUUUUAUAAGAUCCAUUAUAAUUAAGUCGCUUUGCCCUUUCCUAUAGUGAAUUAUCUCUUAACACCUCCUGCACCAGGAAGUCCUGUCUUUGUCCGUGUUUAAGACCAUACGGUUCGGUUAACCUGUGCUAUUGGCAAUUAUCUGAUUAAAGAUCUUCGAAUCAGCUGUGAACGUCAUUUUUUUAGUUCACUCGGGAAUAAACAGCCAGUUGGCCACGCCUGGAAACGAGGUUGAUCGUGGUAUGUUGUUCAUGUAGCCUCAUUUCCAAUCAAAUAUACCAUUUAUCAUCCUCGUUUCCAUUCAAAUAUACCAUUGAUCAUCCUCGUUUCCAUUCAAAUAUACCAUCGAGUGGACGGCAUAUUACUCGCAUCUUCCAAAUUUGGACAGCGCCGGUUUGUUAUGAAGAAUUAGCCGGAGAUCGGUGCCAAUCAGAAACGGUGAGAAACUUUGAAUGAAUAAUAAUACCUGUUAUUGACAUGAACGCAAAGCUCACGGGUGACUGGUAAAUUAGCCAUUUAGAUAACCCCUAAAUAUUUAACGUAAUUGAACAUCAAAAAUCUAAUCGGUGUUAGAAAAGAAAGACGUAACGUCAUAUUUACUCUUAGCGUCUUUAAUAUAGCAAGGGAAGUUGAAGCAAAAGCAGCUAUUGCAGCAGCUAUCAAGGAAUGGUCAAGCACGACCUGUAUCAAGUUUAAGGAAAGAACUAAUGAGUCUGGAUACGUGACUUUCCGUUUUGGAACUGGGUAUGUGAAGUUUUAAGUAGUUAUUCAUUUAGUAUCCAGGGGCGUAGCCAGCUUUUCGACUAGUAGUAGGCCUGGCUGACUUUCUUUUCCACAUAUCCUGAAUAUUGCACGCAUGACUAGUAAUUUAUUCUCCCUGGGAGCGCCUACUCCCCAACGCCCCAAGGUUGGGAUGAGUUAUGGGAAGAGGUGAGGCCGGAGGCGGGAAGGGACCGGAGCUAAAGGCGUCAGAGAGUCCCAUCGCUGCGGAGAGGUGGGUGGGGCGACAAACUAGGUGUCUGGUGUCCGUUUUAACGAAGAGAGGAAUAAACAGCAUGAAAAAAGGCCAGUUUAUACUAAACUCACAAAUAUAUGCACAACGAGAUCCCUCGCGGAUCCACAGAUGCGCCGGAAUUUAAGUGCACGGGUCUCACGAGCACAGGGAGCGUUUGUGCGUGUCGGCCCCCAAUGAAAAUAGUACGCACUGACCUCGCCAACACUUUGAGCUCUUAAGCUUUUUAGCUCACCCCAACGACGCAUAAUUUAUUACGAGCGGCAGGGUGAUCAAACUAAAAAUUUGUAGGCGCGGGCCUACAGGUGUAUGGGCUGGCUACGCCCCUGGUAUCAGUCUAAUUUAAAGAUAUUCUCAGACUUUGUUGCUUAUCUUGAACUGCUUGUUAUGCUCAUGAGAUCUAUAAGCGAGGUACAUACAAUACUGAAACGUUAAAAUAAGUGAAUUGCAUUAGCAAUGGCUUUGUGAUUGGCUCAAUCACAGUGCAUUUUCCUCACAGUUAAUCAUUUUACCGCGCUUUAUAGCCUUCCAUCAAGUCGAUACGUGAAGGUGUAAGAAGGUGUCAUCGGACUUCGGGUUUCAUGAAGUCCGUUGUUUCAUUCAAGCAAAUUUUUCUUGAUUUUCCUUUUAUUUAAGUGCCAUCGAUUGGGUUUAUCUUGGAACUUGCGCUCUUGAGCUAAAUGGCAAAACGGUAUUAGUUUUGGCUUGCUUGCUUCUCUCUAUAAGUGCUUUUCUAGAAAAAACAACAACGACAGCAACAACAACUUCGGCUAAUUCAGUCAAUUUUGCGGCAGGUAACGGCAUCAGGACAAACUCGAGACUUUAAAUCGGACGUGAUCAUAACGAGAACUAAACUACUUCAUCAGCUGAAGCACAAAUCAAAUAGUCCAUCAUUGGACACCUAAAUGUACGGCCUCCAAUUGAACUAUUAAGUUAAAGGAGUCAAAACUAUCAUUUGAACUGAACAAGGUCAUAAGAAAAGUCAGCAUAUAUUUUUUUAACUUUUCGCUCGUAAUCAGACCAACGCUCUGGCAACUGGGCUGACACUUCGGAACGACCUUCACACGAUUUUAUUUCAUAACGCAUGUUUCCUUGUGUUUCCAGCUUAUUUUAUUGCAAUAUUAUUUGUUUUUCCAUUUUUUAAUAGCUGCUCAGCCGAUGUUGGUUAUCAAGGAAGACAACAGUACGUUAAUCUUGCUACAGGUUGUUGGCACAUGGGAACUGUAGCUCAUGAAAUAGGUGGGAAGCAUACGUACAAAGACUGAUUAUUUAUGCUCAAAGAAAUGACUGAGGAACUUACCAAGUAUCAUUAACUGUCAUGCGCAUUUGAACAUUUUUAUGGAAAACUGGGCACUAUAAAUGUAUCAUUAUGAUUUAUUAUUAUUAAGCCCAAGUUUUCAUCUUAUGUGGCUACUCGAACAUAGUCAUUCGUUGUACCGAUUUCAAGUUAAAAAACUUGAAAUUUUGGCAUUGAAAAAUAAAAGAACUCACAGAAAGUACAGUUCUAUUAGGUUACUAUGAAGCCCUUGUAUAUCGUUGAAAGAGGGCUUAACUGCAAAGCGGGAGGUCGCAGGUUUGAUCCCCUGGACUGGACCAAUACUCAGGGUCUUUAACUUAGAAAUGACGGUACUGGUGUUGCCCCGCAAACAGCCAGACCUACGCGUGGCUCUGUUGACCGCGUAGAAAUGGCGGUCCCAUUUCCAGUAGGAGACUUAAAAAACAGCGUCCUCGUUUAUUAAUCUCGUCCUAAGUGACUUCACAUUAAGACCUUAACAGCUAGUUCCUUGCCACAUUUAUUUUUAACUUUAAACGGCAUGUUGUUGUUGUUGUUGUUUUUUUCUGCAGGUCAUGCUCUUGGCUUCUUUCACGAGCAGUCACGGCCUGAUCGGGACAAAUUUGUGCGAGUGUUGUGGUAUAACAUCCAACAAGGUCAUCCUUAGAUUUCUUUCCACUUGCAGAUUACCUGGUAGAUGCAGAGGUUUCGACUUCCAUAUAUUUUGACAGCGCCCACCCUUUUGUUUUUACCCUAUUGAUAUUCCCGCAAACUUCGUAUGAAAAUUUUAGAACAUUAAUACGAUAGGCAGAUACAAGCACACGUUAGAGGGAUAAUGAAGACAUUUUUUCAAUUCAUUUUCAUUUUAUUUUUUCCAUUCCAUUAUAAAUAGUAAAAGAUAAAUCACAGACAAACUUCAGAGCUUGAGCUCUAGAAAGUUUGCAACACUUGAUAAAGUACAGUAAAGAUAAUUAUAUUUUGAUAAGUUUGUAACAAAAAGAAGAAAGAAUGAAGAAUGGAAAGGAGACGGGCACAUCUAGGUCUACUAAUAUUGUGCCACUAAAAUAACGUAAUAUUAGGAAACUAUUUUUGUAGACAUUUUUUGUAGCAGAUAGGAUAUUUCGCUCUAAUAACCCACCUCAGAAAUAAUCCUACAUGAAUUCAAAGAAAACAUUUAAAUUUAUAUGUCGUUUGUAAAAAGGGUAGUAUUUAGAUUGUGCUUAAUGACUCAGAUACUGCGGCGAACAUAAUCAAUGGUUGUUAAUAAUAAUAAUAAUAAUAACAUAAUUUAUAUAGCGCUAACUCCACUAAUUGACCAAAGCGCUUAAAACAAACUUGAAAUUCCGGCUUUGAAUAAGUGAUAAAAGCUCAUAAAAGAACUCAAAUAGUACACUCGCGGCAUUGGAGUUCAUGCCACGAUGCUUUUUCUAGGUAGUAGGAGGAGCUUGCCUACCUUACUCUGUCAAAAUACUGUUUACUAGAUAGAGAAGAUGGAGAUGCGUGACAUCAUAUUAUCCAUUUUCUUAUAGGUCGAGGAUAUAACUUCAUGAAAGUUAAGUACAUUGAUUCGCGGGGUGAACCAUAUGACUACGAUUCUCUCAUGCAUUACGGUAAAACCUUCUUCAGUAAAAAUGGCAAACCAGCCUUGCUUCCACGGAAGAAAGGGGUAAGACAGCUGUAAGGCUUAACUAGACUAAAUACUUUCUGGUAAAUUUCUACUUAUUUCUUACUAAAAUAUUCACUCUUGCCCUUUCCGGGCCCUUUCUCUGGUUUUCUAAUAUUUUGCUAUGAAUAUACAAGAAUUAUCGGUCUAUCAUGUUUGCCUCAUAAGAUGUCGCGGGCGAAGACUUUACUGUGUCACUGCUCUUUGCCAUCAGUCGUAGAAAAUAGUUUUGUCGCUAUAGACUUGCAGAGUGUCUCUGAAGAGUUUCGAGUGAUUAUAUGCUGUUUAUCUUGCCGAGUUCAACUCCUUAGGCCGUCAAAUCCAAGAUACACAUGAAGCUAGCAUCUGCGCUUUUUGAAAAACGCGGAAUGUAUUAAAGUGAUCUUAACAGACCCUUUCUUGUUUUAGAUUGAGUUUGGUCAAAGAGAAAGAGUGAGCAACGGAGAUGCUCGUCAAAUGAACAAGAUGUAUAGCUGCUUUUAG